CGGUAACUUCUUCUAUUUCCCCCUAUUCUCCUCUAUCAUCUCCGACCCAACCAGCGCAUCCCGAACCACUCCAUCGCGCCGCCGGCUGCACACGAAAGAGGAGAAAGAAGAAUUCACCGCCCGGCAUCUCCUCGGCACGACUCGCGCUUUAUUUCAGUUCCUGUCCCCAGUUACACAACUAUCCCAACCCCUCCUUCUGUCUGCGGUCUGUGGGGGUGUUGAGACACACUUUCCUUCCUGCGCACACCCAUCCCGCCCAGUCCGAACGCUUAUCGACGGCUUCGACGGAAUUACCCCGGCUUUGGCGCGCAGUAUAUUAAUUGUCGUCAGCGGCGAGCGAGAAACGAUCAAUCAUCCCCGAGAUAUAUAAUCCUCGACCCCCUCCCGGCCUUCCCCUCUCCGUUCCUCACCACUCUCUACAAGCAUUCCUUGCUUCUCAAAAAGAAGCCGCGUACGCCGCUCCGCCAUCGCCGCCUUCCGAUUCCAACAGCACCACCCGAAUCUAUCGGAUCAACAAGCGUUACGCACCGUCCCAUCAAUCCCUCCUGUCACCAUACACAUUUGUUCAAUCGACCUUGCAGUCCCUGAUAAUUUUGUAGUCAGCAGUUGUCUUAUAUAAUCACCACAAGACAUCCCCGGGCAUCUCAUCCCAAUCAACUCUUCCUUCGCUCCCCUUCCUCACUUUCCAAAACUCAACAAUGCCAUCCAAACGCGCCGCCCCCUCUUCCUUCUCCAACUCUCAACCCCAACCCCCGCCCAACAAACGCUCCCCUCUAUCAUAUACUGGCCGUGCAGCCCCGCCCAAGCAGAAUGUACAAAAGUUGAGGGAAGAGCUGGGGCUGUCGGCUUGGAUAGCUUGUAAUGCUGAUCAAGAGGCAAAACUCCAAUACGUCUCUGAAAGCAUGCAAAACAUCCUCGGCUACACCCCGGACGAAUUGGUCGGCAAGUCUUUGUAUCUCAUCUUUCAUCCGGAUGAAAUUCCGAUUUUGAGGCAUAUUCAUUAUCAAGCCUUGACAGAAGAACGUACAGCCUGCGUAGCAUACUUCCGGGUCUUGCAUAGGGAAGGGUAUUACGUGGAAUGUUGUUGUUCCUACUAUACAGUCUACAACAUGUCGUUAGCGCUCUAUACGAGAGCGGUAGAUGGACAGCGGACAUUACAACAAGCUUUGACAGCUAGAGAGGUUAUCGAGGUAUCACCCGCUUCGCAAGGCCAAUACGCCAUCAAACGAUGGACACCAAACUCCAACUCCCCCUUGACAUCUAACCCCUCCUCCAUCCGCUUCUCAUCCUACACUUCUCCCGACCGCAACAAACCCAAGGACGGCAAAGAAGACAAAUGGCCCGUACCGCCAAAACCGUCGCCGAGGACGUUUUAUAUAUUGGACAGGUUUACAGAGACGAGCAAGGUCAUGUAUGUGAGCAAUGAUGUUAUAAUCAAUGGGUCUUCUUUGUUGGGGCAGAGUUUCUACUCCAUCAUCAAACCUUCGGAUCGACCGCAUGUGCAGCAGCAUAUCGACGCGACGAAACAAUCUACGCCGGUAAUGUAUGAUCAAGAACGCUCAGGCGGGCAUGGAUAUACGACGUUUCAUGUGCUCAAGAUCCCAGACCUUCCCCCGUCAGACGAACGUUGGCCCCAGGGAACAGACGAAUCAGAACGCUCGAUGCCUGGACAAGGCUUCAUCCGUGUCGAAGGGAUCUUUACGGCGAGCAGUGAUAGUCUGACGUGUAUCAUUGCGAGGGUGGAGGAUGCGCCUGCGGGUGGGUCUGGGUCUAGUGCUGGACCGGGCAAUUCUGCUUCAGGAGGAAGCAGAGGAGGCGGCUCAGGAGGGGCAGGGAGGGGAUUUGGAGGAAGCAGUGGGGUGAUGCCUAUCAGGAAGUUGACUGAUUAAAGAGAGAGGUGAUAGAGGAAAGAGUAACGAAUUGGCACACGAACGUAUAAUGGUGGACUUUGUCUGUACAAUACUUAUACUUUGACCAUUGUCUGUUUGUCUGUAUCAACUACGGAAGGCAAAUACUUUAGAUAUAAUGCCAUUUCAACAAUGCAACAUGACUCAUACAGAUGUUCUCAGAGUUCGCAGGUCUCAUGCCUUCUCCAAUGCGAGCAUUCACCACACUGCGGCGUAAUUGAGAUCCAAUGC